CCUCUCUCCUCCGUUCCCCCCGGAAGAGGGAGCUUGGCGGUGGCGGUUGUUGACAAUAUGGCGGCUGCUGGCUGCUCCGCGGGAGGAAGAGGCGGAGGGAGAGGAGCCGGCAGGAGGAGGAAGGAGUCUCAUUCAUAGGGAGCCCGGCCCGCUGCUCUCCCCCCUUCCCCGCCCCGGCACCAUGUCCUUCUUCAGGCGGAAAGUGAAAGGCAAAGAACAAGAGAAGACCACAGAUGUAAAAGCAAUUAAAAUUUAUUACAGAACAAGAACUGCAGAUGUUGAGCAAAAUGGGAGCAGCUUCCUUGUUUGGCAGAGCACUCUUCAGUGAUCUGCAUCAUAUGAGCUGCAAUACCAGUACAUUCCCCUCAAAGAAGCACUAGAAAUCAUGCCUUGCUGGAGGCUGCAGGACCAAGCCAUGUGGCAAUUAAUGCCAUCUCCGCCAACAUGGACUCUUUUUCUAGCAGUCGGACAGCUGCUCUUAAGAAGCAGCCAAGUCACAUGGAGGCUGCACAUUUUGGAGACCUAGGCCGAUCGUGUCUGAAUUAUCAGGCUCAAGAGACCAAAUCAAGCCUUUCAAAGACCCUUGAACAAGUCCUGCAGGACAGUGUUGCCCUACCUUAUUUUAUCCAGUUUAUGGCACUGCGUAGAAUGGAACAUUUGGUUAAAUUCUGGUUAGAGGCUGAAAGCUUUCACUCCACAACAUGGUCCCGCAUAAGAGCACACAGCCUGAACACAGUCAAACAGAGCUCAUUGGCAGAGCCAGUGUCUCCCUCAGUAAAACAGCGUGAAACCACAGUAUCUUCUCCAACUGGAUUGCUUGAUGAGAGGUUGGAGGAUUCCAGCACAGUCCAUCUGCUCAUGACCAAGACAGUACCAACAAACCUGAAUGAUAGAAUUAGCAACAUUCAGAACCACUUGCUGUCAAACCACGAUAGCAAUAAUGCCAGGGUACUUCGUCUUGGGACGUCUGAGGCAGGAACCCAUUCUGUUCCAGCUGAACAGCAAGACUCUUCCAAGCUUACAGUAUCAAACCGAAACAGCCCCUCUUCUGCACUAAAGGACUUGUCAGGAAAACUAAUGAAAAGUAUAGAACGGGAUGCAGUUAAUACUUUUACCAAAUAUAUUUCUCCAGAUGCUGCUAAACCAAUACCUAUUACAGAGGCAAUGAGGAAUGACAUAGUGGCAAAGAUUUGUGGGGAGGAUGGACAGGUGGAUCCUAACUGUUUCGUUACUGCACAGUCAAUAGUGUUUAAUGCAAUGGAACAAGAGCACUUUAGUGAAUUUUUGAGAAGUCACCAUUUCUGUAAAUACCAGAUUGAGGUGCUGACCAGUGGGACUGUUUACCUGGCUGAUAUACUCUUCUGUGAAUCAGCACUGUUCUAUUUUUCUGAAUACAUGGAAAAGGAAGAUGCAGUUAAUAUAUUACAGUUCUGGUUGGCAGCAGAUAACUUCCAGUCUCAGCUUGCUGCCAAAAAGGGCCAGUAUGAUGGGCAGGAGGCACAGAAUGAUGCCAUGAUUUUAUAUGAUAGGUACUUCUCCCUUCAAGCCACACAUCCUCUUGGGUUUGAUGACUUUGUGCGAUUAGAAAUUGAAUCCAAUAUCUGCAGGGAAGGAGGUCCACUCCCUAACUGUUUUACUACUCCAUUACGGCAGGCCUGGACCACCAUGGAGAAGGUUUUUUUACCUGGCUUUUUGUCCAGCAACCUUUAUUACAAAUACUUGAAUGAUCUCAUCCAUUCAGUACGAGGAGAUGAAUUUGCAGGGGGGAAUAUUGCACUGACUGUUCAAGGACCCAGUAGCUCUCCUGACAAUGAGCCUCAAACAACUGGUUCUGAUGGCUCUGCCUCCCAGUCCAGUGUCAAAAAGGCUAAUGUUAAAAUCCUGAAAAAUUUUGAUGAAGCAAUAAUUGUAGAUGCUGCAAGUCUGGAUCCAGAAUCUCUAUAUCAACGAACUUAUGCAGGGAAGAUGACAUUUGGAAGAGUCAGUGACCUGGGACAGUUUAUCAGAGAAUCUGAACCAGAACCUGAUGUAAAGAAAUCAAAAGGGUCCAUGUUUUCACAAGCUAUGAAGAAAUGGGUGCAAGGAAACACAGACGAGGCCCAAGAAGAGAUGGCUUGGAGGAUAGCGAAGAUGAUAGUCAAUGAUGUUAUGCAGCAGGCACAAAAUGACCAGCCUUUGGAAAAAGUUACCAAGCUAUGAUUUUAGAAAUGCCAGAGCAAGAAAUCUGGUUUUCUGCUUUUGAAGAUGAGUGAACUUUUUUCCCUUUUGGUGGAGUCUUCUUUAACACAGCCAAUGAAAACAAAACACUGUUACUUCAGACAGCUGAUACUCCCUCAUCCAUCAGGGAGGAGGAAAAGGAGCAAUCCUAUAUCUCCUCCAUAAAGUACAAAGUAAUGGGUUUUUUUUUCUACUGCACGUGGCAUUCACAAUAAUGAAGGUUUUAAAGAGAUGAAGAAGCGAUUCAUGAACAUGUCACUGGAAAACUGUGAUCAGCGUCACAAAUGCUUUACCCCAUCUCGGAAGGACUGUUAAUCGCAAUGUCUGCAAUGGGACAUGGGCCACACUGGGGAGGGGGAAAGGCUUUGUUGUAGUUUCUAGUUCUACUACUACUUGUAAUUUUUAAACACACAACUGUAAAGGCCACAGGGCAGCUUCCCUGACCUUAACCAUUGGAGAGGUGAGCCUGAGAUGAGGAACACAUUGGCAGUGAGUGAUCGAAAGAGCUAUACCCGUUAUAUUUUUCCUUACUUGAACUAGAUGAGUAUUCAACUGUAAGAUAAAUAAAUACAUUUUACUUCCUUCAUAACUGCAUUCAUUUUGAAAGAAGCAUAAAAUGGCCAGGAAUGAAGACUGGACAAUGUAACUCUUUCUGCCCUUAGUCAAGCUGUUACACUUGCAUACACGCAUUCCUUGCUUCUAGAAUGCAGAAGACUUACAAACCAAUCGCUCGCCUCUGCAGCCCUCCAUUUCUGAUUCAUGGCUCUGAGUCCAGGCCACUCUGCUGAGCGGACUGUGCCCAGUGGACUCUGCUCCAUUUUCUUACUUCUCCAUCAUGCAGGUAUAAAAUAACUGCCAUUAUGAGUUGCUGCCAUUCUCCAUAAUGUGCUGUCGUCAGACCGAGACCAUAUCUAUUCCCAGAUGUUUGUUUUUAAGGAAAAAGAUCAUUCAGUUUUAGGACAUUUCGCCUUUAUUUCCCCUUCAUUAUUUUCAGCAUUUGCAACUUAUAUAGCCUUUGUUUUAAACAAAAAGCCACAGCAUCUAUUAUACUUCUCUCUUGGUCGCCAGACCAGCGAGGUGAUUCUGCAGAGCAUCUGAAGCACUCAAGUUGUCACUCCGUUAUAUUAUCGCUGUAUUUUUAUUGUGAAGCAUUUCUGGUUUGGGUUUAUUUUAUUAUGAUUGCUUUGUUUUCUCAAGAUUGUGCAAAAAAUCACUUUAUAAAAAUUCUCAAUCAUCUCCAAUGUUCAGAAAGUCUUGAUUGACUAGCAAAUAUUAUUCUGUUGCAAUAUUUGACUGUAUAGAGGCACACUGUGUAUUGUCUAAGAAGAAGCAAAAAGGCUGUGUAUAAGGUUUUUGGUACUAUGUACCACCUCUUAUUUCUCUCAUGCCCGAGUAUUCAUGUACUUAAAACAUAUUAUAUUUAAUUGUGUUGAUUUAAAAUAUAUAAAUAUUAAAAAUUGUGUCAAUUUUCUGUU